UAUCUUCUCUCGCAGAAAACAAUUUGCAGUAGUGUGUUUAAAAUGCCUCCGCAAGAAAUCGCCACAAACCAAAAAGAAGACAUCGGAAAAAUCCGAGAAUGGCUCACCAAGCAGCCCCAUCUCCCCCAAAACAUCGAUGACGUGUUGAUUUUGAGAUUUUUGCAUACUUGCAACUACAGUUUGGAGCAAACCAAGCAACUGAUCGAUUUAUUUUACACGAUUCGCUCGCAAGCGCCCGAAAUUUUCGGUAAUCGGGACCCGAGCGACGCCGCAUCGCAGGAAAUUUUCAAAAUCAUUGAUUUAGUACCGUUACCUAAGCCAACGAAAGAUAAUCACAAAUUGUUUAUUUAUCGGCUUGCUGACCCUGACCCUGACAAGUACAAUUUCGUUGACUCGCUGCGAACCUUUUUCAUGAUCGCCGACACCCGCAUGGUGCUUGAGACGGAGUUCCACAGCGGGGAAAUCCCCAUUUUCGACAUGGAAGGCUUCUCUUUGAGGCACCUGACUAAAAUCACCCUGCCGGUCCUCAAAAAAUACAUGCUUUAUACCCAAGAAGCCCAUCCCAUUCGAUUGAAACAAAUCCACAUUCUGAACAUUCCCCCGUUUUUGGACCGCUGUUUGGCCCUUCUGAAGCCGUUCAUGAAGAGCGAGGUCGCGUCAAUGCUACACUUUCACCUUCCAAAUUCCGAAACUUUGUUCGACUACGUUUCCAGAGACGUUCUGCCGGCGGAAUACGGCGGAAACGUUGGCAAACUCUCGGAAAUGAAGGACGAGUGGGUGAAAAAAGUGCUAGCAAAAAAAGAGUACUUUGCCGACGAAUCUCGGUGGAGAGUCGACGAGUCGAAAAGACCCGCGCAAAAUCAGAACGGAAAACAAUUAUUCGGAAUGCAAGGUUCAUUCCGAUCGUUAAGUAUCGACUAAGGACGGAAAUUACGAUUUCCAAGGAAAUUAUUUACGCAAAUUGUGAUAUUUUUUGGGAUUAAUUAAUCACCUUGGAUGGCUCAAUUGUGUGUAAUUAUCACAGGUUUUCAAGUAAACACCGGUAAUCGUUUCAAAUGUAUUUUUUGCAAAGUAAUAAAAAACACAAACAACUUAA